UCAAGAACAAGCCAUGAGUAAAAAUAUUCAAAUUUCGUUAGCAACAAAAUUACAAGAAUUAUCAUCAAGUUUUAGGAAGCAGCAAUCAGCUUAUAUGAAAAGACUUAAAGGAGUGAAAGUUCGAAGUGCUGGAUUAUUUUCAAUAGAAAGUAAAGAUUUAGAUGAAGAAGAGGACUUUGGCUUUUCAAAUGAUCAACUUACAUUAGUAGAAUCAUCAGAAGCAAUGAUUUCACAAAGAGAACAUGAAAUAAAUGAAAUUGCCAAAUCGAUACAAACUAUAGCAGAAAUAUUUAAUGAGCUUCAAGCGCUUGUAAUCGAUCAAGGUACAUUAUUAGAUCGUAUUGAUUAUAAUGUUGAACAAAUGGUAGUUAAUGUUAAGGGAGCUACGAGAGAAUUAGAUCGGGAUAAAUUAAAUAGUUCGGAUAGUUCGGACUUAACAUUAUUAAUAAUAAAGUUUACAUGUGUAUAG